UCUCUCUCUCCAUAGCCAGUCUAUAUGCCCCUUAAAAACAACCCUUUCGUCAUCCGAGAGUAACUGUAAUAGGCGUAGAUGUCGAAUUAUCCCAACUCCCGCACCAAAGACUUUUUCGCCUCUCCAGCUCUCUCUCUCACUCUUGCCGGUGUUUUUCGUGAUGUUGGCACACCGGCGGCGGCAAGCAUGGAGGUGGAGGAAGGAGAUGAAGAAAGUGGCGGAGGUGGAGGCCGAGAAGACGCGGUUGAGAAUAGCAGCGAGAACACCGGUGGUCCUGGAAAAUCCGACGAAGAUGGCGAUGCCGAGGGAGAGCAAGAUGACGAUGGUGAUGACGGGAACAAGAAGAAGAAGAGAAAGAAAUAUCACAGACACACAGCUGGGCAAAUCAGAGAAAUGGAAGCGUUGUUCAAAGAGUCACCUCAUCCAGAUGAGAACCAGAGGCAACAACUGAGCAAGCAAUUAGGUCUUGAUCCCAGGCAAAUCAAGUUCUGGUUUCAAAAUCGUCGAACCCAGCUUAAGGCAAUACAGGAACGCCAUGAGAACUCUCUGUUGAAAUCUGAAAUAGAUAAACUCCGGGAGGAGAAUCGAACCAUGAGGGAGAGCACUAAGAAGGCAUGUUGCCCGAAUUGUGGUUUUGCGACCAAAGAAGCAACAAUGACAACUGAUCAAGAACAACGACUACGGAUCGAGAAUGCAAGACUGAAAGCUGAGCUCGAAAAGCUACGAGCAACUGUAGGGAAAUACCCUGCAGGGACGGCAUCACCCAGCUCCUCGUGCUCUGCAGGAAAUGACCAACAGAACAGAAGCUCCUUAGAUUACUACUCUUGUGUUUUUGGGCUUGACAAGUCCAGAAUCAUGGAGAUGGUCAAUCGAGCUCUGGAAGAGGUCAACAGAAUGGCCACCGCAGGUGAACCGCUGUGGGUCAGAAGCGUCGAGACCGGCCGUGAGAUACUUAAUUAUGAUGAAUACAUUCGUGAGUUCUCCGUUGAGAAUUCCAACAGUGGGCGUAUCAAGCGAUCUAUCGAAGCCUCCAGAGAGACCGGCGUAGUCUUCGUCGACCUCCCAAGACUAGUCCAAGCUUUCAUGGACGCGAAUCAAUGGAAAGAAAUGUUUCCUUGCAUGAUCUCCAAAGCAGCUACUGUAGAUGUUAUCUGCAACGGAGAAGGCGUCAACAGAAAUGGUGCAGUGCAGCUAAUGUUUGCUGAACUGCAAAUGCUCACACCCAUGGUGCCCACGAGAGAGGUCUGUUUCAUCCGAUACUGCAAGCAACUGAGUCCCGAGCGGUUCGCCAUAGUCGAUGUAUCCAUUGACAAGGUUGAAGACAAUAUCGAUGCAUCCCUCGUCAAAUGCAGAAAACGGCCGUCUGGCUGCAUUAUUGAGGACAAAUCUAAUGGCCACUGCAAGGUGACUUUGGUCGAGCACUUGGAAUGUCAGAAAAGCACAGUCCACACCAUGUUUCGCUCCAUUGUUAAUAGUGGGUCUGCGUUUGGUGCGAGGCACUGGAUGGCAACACUUCAGCUCCAAUGCGAGAGAAUAGUUUUCUUCAUGGCCACCAAUGUACCCACAAAGGAUUCAAGCGGAGUAACUACUCAAGCGGGAAGGAAAAGCAUGUUGAAGUUGGCUCAACGAAUGACAGGGAGCUUUUGCCGUGCUGUGGGUGCAUCUAGCUUUAACACAUGGGCCAAGAUCUCAGCCAAAGGAGGAGAUGACAUAAGGGUGGCCUCUAGGAAGAACUUGAAUGACCCAGCAGAACCUCUGGGAGUGAUCUUAUGUGCAGUUUCAUCUGUUUUCUUGCCUGUCUCUCCCCAUGUUCUCUUUGAUUUCUUGAGAGAUGAGGCUCAACGGACUGAGUGGGACAUCAUGUCAACCGGAGGUCCAGUUCAAUCCAUUGCAAAUAUAGCCAAGGGAAAAGAUCGUGGCAAUGCAGUAACAGUCCAAGCGAUGAAAUCAAAAGAGAGCAGCGUCUGGGUGCUGCAAGAUAGUUGCACGAAUGCUUAUGAAUCCAUGGUGGUGUAUGCUCCAGUGGACAUCCACGGAAUGCAGACAGUGAUGAGUGGAUGCGAUUCAAGCAACAUCGCCAUUCUGCCUUCAGGGUUCUCGAUUCUGCCAGACGGGCUUGAAACGAGGUCUCUGGUUCUCACUUCGAAGCCAGAUGAUGAGGAGAAAACCAUGGAAGGGGGUUCUUUGCUUACCGUAGCUUUCCAAAUCCUGGCCAAAAGCUCCCCCACAGCCAAAGUGACGAUGGAGUCUCUUGAAACUGUUAACACACUCAUUUCAUGUACGUUGCAGAAUAUUAAGAGAAGCUUGCAAUGUGAGGAUGGAUGAUUACUCAUUUGAUAAUUAAGCUGCUUUAACUUGUAAAUUAAAUACUUCACUCCAUAGGAAAUUAAUUGUAAUUAAAAGGCCUAUAGUAUUCUUAUACAUGAUUAAUUCCAUUUAUUAAAUGCAAUCCAAAAUUU